AAUUUAAUUUUUGCCUCAUUUGUUCACGAGUUUAGCCGUCGGCGGUAUUUUUUUCUCCUUUGAAAGGCGCUCAAUUCGUGGCGGGGUGUGUUACGUACGCAUUUUUUUCUUAUUAAUUCGAUGAAUUAAAUUGUGCACAAAUCCAGUUUUUCCACAAAUCGAAUGCAAUAUUUAAAAGUUGAACACUGUGAAACGUGAAAAUAAAUGAAGUUGUUUGAGAACAAGUGAACAAUUUUUUUUUUUGAUUUGUGCAGUGGAAAGUUCCCAUCCAUCGCAUUAGUGCACAUGUGUGUGCGCUCCUUUGUUGCACGAUCCCCUUGUACCUGCCGUCUAUUAUAUCUGUCUACCCACUGAAUUGUUCAUCAACAGUAUCAGACGCAUCUUUAUGAGCUGGUUGUUGAUUACCAUACACGGCCCUAGUUAUUUGCGUAUAGGCAACCAAUGCUUGUAAAAUAGCAACUACACAAGCGACGUGUGUUGUUGUCGCGAUUUAAAUUCCAUUUAAUUGAAUUUGCUCUAGUUUUGCACUAAGGUGGGAUGAAAAGAGGAUAACCUGUGAAUAUUACUACACGCUUCCAUUGUAAUCCGCAUACAAGCUAUACAUUUUUGUACCCGCUUCCAAUUACGUAGCAUUAGGCGCAUAAACUGAAUCAUCCUCAGCGCUGACAAAGCGACUCUUCUAAAGACUCAAACAAAAAAUGGAGCUCCAAGUAUUGUUGGAUUACAAAUAUCUCACGAAGGAGCAACUUAAUGGCUUUGAUAAUUAUAAGUACAGUGCACGUGAUACUUCACCGCUGAGCGUUUAUGUUAUGCACCCAUUCUGGAAUUGGACUGUCAAGUUCUUUCCGCGAUGGCUGGCACCAAAUGUUAUGACUUUUCUUGGCUUCCUCUGUACGGUGGUGAAUUUCCUGCUUUUAUCCUACUACGAUUGGAAUUUUUACGCGAGUUCCGGCCUACCAAACACCAAACCCAUCCCAUCAUGGGUGUGGUUAUGUUGUGCGAUAAACAUCUUUUUAGCUUACACAUUAGAUGGCAUUGAUGGUAAACAGGCCCGACGUAUUGGCUUAUCCGGACCGCUGGGUGAACUCUUCGAUCACGGCCUGGACUCGUAUACAGCUGUGUUGAUACCCACAUGUUUGUAUAGUAUAUUUGGUCGAAGUCCUGUGUACUCAGUGGCGCCCAUACGCAUGUACUAUGUAUGUUGGAUGGUAUUUCUAAAUUUUUAUAUAUCCCAUUGGGAAAAGUAUAAUACGGGCGUGCUAUAUUUGCCAUGGGGCUAUGAUUUAAGCAUGUGGGGUUCUACAGCUAUGUACCUGUUAACAUGGUGGUUUGGCUUUGAGUUUUGGCAACGCACAUUACCGCUGGGCAUUACACUGGGGAACAUGAUGGAAAUCGUUUUGCAUUUUAGUGCGAUGGCUAAUACACCGAUGGUGGCCAUAAAUGUGUAUAACUCUUAUGUGCAACGUACUGGCAAAAUGCGCACUCUCAAGGAAGCGAUGCGUCCCAUAUGGCCAUUAUUCUCAUUCAUGGUCAUAAUGCUGUUGUGGCCCUACAUCUCGCCAAAUAAAAUAAUGGAAAAAGAUCCACGCAUAAUGUUUAUGCUGAGUGGCACAAUAUUCUCUAACGUCAGUUGUCGCCUGAUUGUUGCGCAAAUGUCCAAUACACGUUGUGAAAGUUUCCAUUAUUUGACACCCGUGUUUGUGAUCUUCGUUGGAAUCGGCUUAUGGAUACCGCUUCUUGAACGUGUAAUGCUCUAUAUGCUGUUCAUAAUUACAACACUUACACAUUGGCAUUAUGGAAGAAAUGUGGUGAAUGAAAUGUGUGAUCAUUUCAAUCGCAUUUGCUUUAGUGUGAACAUGCGUGAACCAGCGGUGCGACAUGAUCAAGCGGCGGAAAGUGAAGAUGUACGUUUGCGUGAUAUGGAAAAGACAGACUAAGAGAACAAAUGGAACCAAAAAAAAAGAGAAAAACUACAAGAAAAGAAAAAAGACAAUUGUGAUUAUGCAAACGGAAUGUAUGUUUAUUUCAUACAUUUUUGUAUAAUAAGAAAAAGAACAAAAACAAAAAAAAAACAUAACAUCGGAGGCUGUUCAACUUUUGUAAACUUUAUUUUUAAUUUUAAUAAGUUCAUCUCAAGUCUAGCACAUUGUGCGUACAUCGUGGGAAAAUUGCGCAAAGUCAAUUUGUAAUUUUAGGUCGCAGACGCUAGUACUUGAGCUAUAACUUUUUCUUUAUCACAAUGCCUAUCUCUUUGUAAUUUUCGUGCAUUUACAAGCGCUACAUUGCCAUUUAUAUAAACAUUUCGCAAUAUUCUGGCAAAUUGGGCUCUCUAAAAAAAGAUUAACAGCAAUUAUUUUUACUAAUAAUUUUUAGUUAGUAAACUUUUGCUUUCGGCAAAACACAUUCUUGUCAGCCGAGUUCGUAAAAUACUUUACUUAAGACUACGAACAUAUGUUUAAUUUAUGAUUUCUACAAUGUUAAUGUUAAAAAAUAAGCCGUCAACAGCCAUAUAAUUUAUAACUACUCUAGUUUUUUCUUUUAGUCUUUUCUUGACCCUAUUCACAUGUAAAUUCAAAGUCAGAUUUGAUCUAAAUAGCCCAUAGAGAAUUGGUUGCAAAACUGAGUUCUGCCAUAUGUGUGAAAUUUUGAAGAAAGAAAACCAAUACUCGUGUGUUGAAUAAGGGUUUUAAUUAAAUUUUUUUCACUUCAAUUCCGACUUUGGGGUGUAAAAUAGUUUAUUGCAUUUUAAUAAUGCUGCAAGCAGUUCAAUCCAUUCUCCAAACAUUAGCCAACAAUUCGCACUCUUCCAACCACAGCUAAUUUCUCAUACAAACUUA